AUGAAAUACGCCGCCUUCGGAUCAUUCCUAGCAGCUCUUCUGUCUUCGGGUGUGUAUGGGGCACCACAGGCACAGCAGCCGUCGUCGGCGGUCACGAUGAAUACACCAACUAACCUCAUAACAUGCGAGCCUGUCAUGCUUACCUGGUCGGGAGGAACUGGUGUGUGGUUGGCUCGCAGCGCCAUUCGCUGA